AUGAUGGAGAAUCAAAAUAAUGAUGCCUCGGAUGAAUUUUAUGGUGAACGGGAUUUAGGCAGAGGGUCCCCGGAACCCGAGCUACAGUCUCCUGCAGUCGGUGGUGGACCGAGUGGCGCCACCCUGCGAAUGGCUACCACAAGACACAAUGGCGGCAACACUUCAGCAAAUGCAGCAGAUUCAGAAAAUGUUCCUCCAGCUCUAGAGCGGGGGGCCAUUGAUGAAGAAAGGCACGCUGUACCUACAGCACCUCGAAUGCGCAAAAAAUGGACUAAUGAAAUAAACACAUUUCUUAUGCGCAUAUACUACAGAAUUACUAACCUAGAAACAGAUAUGCUAAGAUAUAGAGAUGAACUACAUCAAGAAUUCUCUACCACAUACCCAGAAAUGAACGCUAGUGCACAGAGACUUUCAGACCAAAUACGUGCAAUCAAACGACGGAAUCUCUUACCUUCUGCAACACUUAACAGCAUAAAAGAUGAGGUCAGGCGAGAAGUAGAAGAUCAUAUUACUCAUCAGAAGGAGGACCACACAGAAGAAAUGACUCCUAUUGACGAUUCCCCAAAGCAGCUAAUAGUAGACCGCACAAAUAUACCAAACCGUCAGAUCGGUACUAAUGCUUUAAAUGAAUCGCUUAAAACAGAAUUUCACACUGCGCUGAUCCAAUAUAAAGAUGUAGAACCGAAAUAUAGACCUAAGAUACCAACACUACAUACCUCUGUGAAACUAUCUCAGAUUGUCGAAUUAUUAAAUACUGAAAUUCUCCCAUCUGCCCUACUUGACGCAAAAAAUAUUGCGCAAGUUCACGCCGUAGUCUAUUGCUCCGCAGUUGCAACGGCUAGAGCGAUGGGAUUUAAAGUUACGUCCGACUCUAGAGUGGUGAAUAAACAGGGCGAGCCGGCAUGGAAGAAACGAUUAAGCCAACUUAUUGACACACUUAGGACAGACAUCGGAAGGCUAACGAGCUUCCAGAAAAAAUCCCACAACACACCUAAAUUACUUAAGCAAGUUCAAAAUAUUAGGGAAAAGUACGGACGCCACGGAGAAGUUCCUAACCUUAACGACCAACAAAUCAUGGACACUAUGAAGCAGAAGCUUUCAGUUUACUCAGCCCGAUUGGCAAGAUAUAAUAAAAGCUAUAAACGGAAAACCCAAAAUCAUCUAUUUAAUGUAAGUGAAAAAGCCUUUUACCGUAGCUUAGAUAAAAAGAAACACGAGUGUAAUGAAGACCUCAAAAUAACACCCCAAGAAUUAGAAAAUUUCUGGGCCCCAAUAUACACAAACAAGGAUGAACAUAACCAACAAGCAACGUGGCUAUCUGAAAUCUCUUCUACAAUCGCAAAUCCAAUGGAAUACUCCAGGAUAACAGAAACAGACGUUAAAGCAGCAAUAUAUAGGACAGCCAACUGGAAAGCUGCAGGUCCAGACAAAAUACAAAACUUUUGGUGGAAACGACUGUGGGUCACACAUGCGUACCUAGCCGAGCAUUUCUCCAAAAUAGUGUCUGAUCCAGAGUUACUACCGUCAUUCUUUACAACAGCCAUAACUCAUCUUAUCCCUAAGGACACAACGAAAAUCAAUGAUCCGUCCAAGUACAGACCAAUAGCAUGCCUCCCCACUAUAUACAAAAUACUCACGGCAUGCAUCUCUAACAAAAUCUACAACCACCUAGACAGAAAUAGUUUGAUCGCUGAAGAACAGAAAGGGUGCAUUAGAAAAGCGUAUGGCUGUAAAGAACAACUAGUCAUCGACUCAGUCAUAUCAAACCAGGCAAUAAAAAGCAAUAGAAAUAUUCACAUGGCUUACAUCGACUAUCAAAAAGCAUUUGACUCUGUGCCACAUUCCUGGUUGAAAUAUGUACUGAAACUCUAUGGUAUCCACCCCCAAAUACGGACGUUUCUUGGUCUUUGCAUGAAAAAGUGGAAUACUGACCUAACACUCCACCAUCAAGGGAAGUCGCUGAUUGUACCGAGGAUGAGGAUUAAAAAAGGAAUUUUCCAGGGCGACAGUCUGAGCGCUUUAUGGUUCGUCAUGUCGAUAAAUCCUCUCAGCCUGCUUCUGAAUAACAGCCGAUACGGCUUCGAAUUAAAGACUCCUAAUAGAUCCCAUAGGUUAAGCUCUAUAUGGAUGAUCUCAAACUAUACGCAUCUUCAAAACAACAACUAUCAAUUUGGUUUGGAUAAAUGUAGAACUAUCCAUAUAAACAAGGGAAAGUUUUCUAACGUGGUGAACAUACAAGAAUCAGAGAUUCAAAACAUGCAAGAGACGGAUCUUUACAAGUAUCUUGGAAUUGAGCAGGCGCGAAAUAUUGAUCAUGUUGGCACUCGAGAAAAACUCGAGAAGAUAGUGUACGAAAGAACGCGCAAAAUAGCCAACAGUUGUAUAAAUGGUCGAAAUAUGAGCAAGAUAGAAACGAGAUUUCAAAUUGAAAUAAACGAUGAGAUCCUGCAUCAAUGGGCUCAGAAGGCGGUCCACGGCGGGCAUUUUUCCGACCUGCAUCAGGAAGAUGUUGACAUUAAAGCGUCAAACAAAUGGCUGAGCAACGGAGACUUGUACGCCGAGACCGAAGGCUACCUGCUGGCUAUUCAGGAUAGAUGGUGGCUCAAGGAAUUCCAGUACGUGGGCAGUCUCAGCCAACCGACUAAUGUCGGUAAGGAAAGCCGGCUAAUGGACAGGGAAAAUUCGACCACCAAACACGUACGCAUGAGACAGCAUGACACCAACUCUAGCAAAGCUCUCUGGUAUUCGGAUAAAAGAAGAAUCCACGUUGAGAGGUUAGAGGGAAACCCGAACAAGGGAAAAAACCGGAAAUCCUCCAGACUAGAGUGGCAACACAGCGGUAAGCAUGUCUCGUGUAUUAGCCCUCACAACAGUCCACAGGGUUACACCAAUCAACAAGAUCAACCCGGCCAAGGACACUAA